UGAUUCAUGUGAGGGUACAAACCCAAUCGUCACUUGAAGUUAUUGUUUCAUUGUGACACAAUUGUGCCAGGGUGUAGUUUGGAUGAGCAACAGUUUAUUGGAACAAAAUGAACAAGCAGUGGGCGUAGAAUCAAACAAUUGUGAGCUGGAUCACAGGGUUUUUUGGAAUCGUCACACAUAUACAGUCGGGGAAAAUCGAUAUUGACACAGAAUCCUAGACAUGAUUUUAUUCUGAAAAUGGAAUUUUAAAUAGUAUGACUGCUUGUACACAAACAAUAUGUGUGUCGUGAACCGUCCGUCUGUCUGGUGACGAGACAACCCGGGUGGAAACAGAUGAUGACUAAGAAACCGUCCAAUCUUCGUCCAUGACAACAGAGUAAGUGUGCCGGAUGCGGAAGAUACAAUUACGGCUGGGUAUAAUCGUCCUCAUAGUUCUACCAGCCUAUACAGCUGUACAGAGGGACGAGGACAUUUAUUCUCGGAUUUUUUCCGAACCCUGCACAAACCGAUUCCAUCCUACAUCUCGACACCAGAAACCUUUUCUUAUCGACAUUGCUCCGGGAAAUAAUGGCUUCCAAACCUCACAGCUUUGUUACAUGGCAUUUACCGCCGAUCCUGUCCCGGAUGAAAAUGUGGAUAACGUGCUCGUGUGUUUCAAAUUUCUGCAAUUUACAUUUCACAAUUGCAGCAUUGGCCUAAACGUACAAGGCAGUUACAAGGAAAUACGUUAUUACAAACCGCAACCUCCUGCAACGUCCGCAAUAUGCUUCAAGCAAACAACCGUGUACGUAAAUAUAGGGAGCUCGGAUUAUUUGUAUUGUGACCCCUCCACAAGAAUCCGGAUAGAAGUGACAGCUAGAAAUGCGUAUCCUCCUGACGACCGUAUCAUGUCAACCGGAAAUUGGAUUACAGUUACCUUGCUAAUUGCAGUUUCCGUGAUCGGUUUACUUUCUCUGGGAUACUACAAAUAUCGGUACAAAGUCAGACAUGUUCGUUCAGACCGAACAACUAGUCCAGAUUCCCGCGCUCCCAGGCGGGACCGUUGUAGUCAUGGUCGACGACCUUCACCGUCUGCACUAUCGACUAUGAACAAUGACCAAAGGAUGCCAACUGUUACAAACGGGAGUCACCGACGAACAAAUCGUAACCGAAAUCAGAGAGGGACUUCAUACACACAGACUGGUACCAAUCAAGCAGCACCACCUGUGUCACCUGACCACAUGAGGGCGCCACCACCUUCGUACGAAGAGUGUAUUGCAACAUCGGGUACGGAGCGCCAAGAUUCCGGACAAGAAGUUGUCAAUGAUGCAAAUGUCCAAUAUUUGCUUACACAAAAUAAAGAUUUCACAGACGAUUCACCACCUCCCUACCCCGGAGUGUAGCAUUGGUUCCUAUAAUCAUCAUUCGUGGUUGCGUUUUAACUGCGAUGAUGCCAGCACAUUAUGUUGGUCAUUAUUCACAUGUCGGUUAAAUCAAUAUCAAGUCAACGUUUUGAACAAACGGAAGACCAUAAUCAUGGACUUCAAUCUAUCGAAAUCUGUGUCCUAGUCAACAUUUGGAACGAAAACAAGACCUUAAUCAGCGUGACUUACAAUAUAGUUCUAUCGCUGUCUGUAUCCGAUACAGAUAAAGUAAACGUUUCAAACGAACAAAGACCCUAGUCAAGCACUUACUUGCUAGAGAUGAAGGUAAGAAAAAGACCCUUCAGUCAUUGUUUCCAAAAAAAAAAUUCUAUGAAAGUCAGUAACACUUCCGUUGUUUUAUAAGAGAAGGUUAGAAACGACACAGUGCUUUCAAGGUUAACAUUAAACGUGUCUGACCAUACAUCAGCGAUGUGACAAAAUCUUGCCUGGUCCUAUUGUUUGAAAAGAUAAUUUCAGUGAUACCAACCUUGUAAACCGAGAAGCGAGGACGCUUUACACUGAAGUGUUUGGCUCGUCUAUGGAUCAACCGAUGAUGUCUCCUCCUGGACAUGAAUAGGUUUUCUAGACAACAAAUUGCGCAACGUGUCUUAUGAGAAGCUUUUAUGUUUAAAUCGUGCCAUGACUUCUCAUUGAACUUUGACGAUAAAGACUUCUUUUUUCUAUAUACAAUUUUCAUUCAUAUACAUGCACUUUGUCUGUGAUUACUUUUACAUUUUUAUCUUUCAUGGAAUCGAUUACAAAUAAAGCA